AAUUGAUGAUUUCAUUGUUUUGUUUUAGUGCUUUAAAUAUGCUACAUUGUCUUUGAUAGUUUUUUAUGAAAAGUUGGCUGUAAUUCUCAUCUUUGUUCUCUUGUAGAUAAUAUGUUUUUUUUUCUCCAGCUGCACUCACUAAAGCAUGACCCUCUGGGGUCUCUUCUCAGUGUCCCUAGUGAUCUUGGAUACCUCUUCAUUCUAAAUGGUGGCAAUCUGUCUUCUGAACUACUGUGGACUCUGAAAAUAGUUUGCCCUUCAGUUUUCCAGUGAUUCUUUUCCUGGUCUUAAGUGAUUUCUACUCACACACGGGCAGAUAAAUUGUGAGUUAAUACCUGAAAUGGAUCUCUAUGCAGAUCUUCAGAGAUAUAUAUUUGGAUAGCCAUAGUAUCCUCAGUAUUGCUUCCCACAAAUUUUAGCUGCCUUGACCUCCCCAGAUUGAUCUCUGUCUCCUCAACUCAGUGAGACAGCAAAGCUCUUCUUUCUUUCUCUGCUACCUCUUAGAGACUUCAUGGGGAUUCAUUUUCUUGUCUUCCUUCUCUCAGAGUCAUAGUUCAGUGCUCUUGUUCAUUGCCUGAAAACAGUGUUUUUAUAUAGUUAUUUUGGUUUUCUUAAUAAGAUGGGCACAUAAGCCUGGUAUGUGUUACUUCACCUUUAUUGAAGUGGAAACCUACAGUUUCUUUUGAACAAAGAUAACUAGUGCCAGCAAAUAAGCUUGAAUUUUAAUGAUAUGCUGAUAUUGUAUAUAUCUCCAUCUGGAUAAUUUAUUCUAAGUACUUCUCUUAUUGAUUUAUUUUUGACCAAUACCAUACCAAUGUAAUUAUUUUAUCUAUUUUUAAUGAAUAUCAACAUUUAAAUUACAGUUUUAUAAUUAUACCACUGGCAUAUUUUUAAUUUCAUGUAAAUUUCAAAUAUACUUAGACUGUGACUGUUUGUUUCCAGAUAUUGGUAAGAUCCACUGGAAUCUCAAAUUAUUUCUUUGGAAUUACAGAAUUUUUUGCAGAGGUGAGGUGAAAGAGUAAUUUCAUAUUGUUGAUAUUGUUGCUUUCUGUGAGCUCUUGCUUUAACUGAAUAAAUUCAGUUUAGAGAUCUUCUUGUCAUCUAUGCUUGCUGAAUGUUUUUACAUUGUGUUGCCCCAGAUUUGAAAUUAAUCUUUAUUUACAAAAUCUACCCACAAAAGACAUAUAAAAUAACACUUUAUUAAAUAUCUGGAUUUGGAGGGACAGCACUUCAGCGUAGUACUAACAAACAGUUUCACAUGAAAUAUUAGACAUCUCUGGUUUUGAAAGUCCUUUUGUUACUCUAACACCAGAUUUUAACUUGGCCACUUCCUUCAGCCUCAGGUCCUGCCUUCGUUUAAUUCAAUAUUGCUGAUGUAUUUUUUUUUUUCUUUCUUUCCCUUGUUGGUCCUCUUCUCUGUACCCACCUAUCCUUACAUUUUUGAUCAUUUAUGAUGCAAAGCAGAUUAGCUAGCCUUGUGAAUGUACUGGAACCUAACAUAGCAGGCGUUUUGAUCCUACUUUCACCCCAAGUGAAUUAUCAAUGAUAUUUUUUCUAAAUUAAUUCCCUCUUUAAGAAUGAUUAUGUUCCUCACCGUUAAGAUAAUGAAUUCUCCCCCACACUACCUUUGUAAAAAUGAUGCUUCGUAUUUUGCCUUUUCAUUUUAUAUUUUAAUUUUUUGAAAUUGUGAAUGCAUAUUGUUCCUAGCUUUAAUGGCUGUGGUAGCACUUCACAUGCCGCUGCCUUAAACAUCGUCUGGGGCAAGAGCAGCAACAAAGUGUCUAUGUAUAUGUUUCAUAAGAAAAAAUGUUUAUAUAAAGAGCCAUAUGAAAAGCAUCUAUAAUAGAAAUCCAGUUACUAUAUAAAAUUCCCAAUUCAAGACAUAAAACAUGAAAUGCUUAUAUUCAGUUAUGCCCAUGAAUCUAAUCAAGGAUUAUGUAUAUUUUUAUUUGUUUUACUAUCAAGAGAGUUGACUAAUUACUAAACAGUUAAGUAGUCUUUUCUAUAGGGAAAUGAAAAUAUUUGUACACAUGAGUAGAUGAAGUUAUAUAUUGUCAAUCCUGCUUCACAUUUGGGCUCUUUUUUUCUUAAGGGUAUGUUUGCUUUUGUGUUAUUGUUUCUUGUUUCUUGAAAAUUUUAUUAAUGUUUUUAUAUUUUUCUUCGAUCUAAUGUAUUAUGUUUUAUUAUCAGCCUCUGGAGAGUGUAACUAAAGACAAUUUGGAAAACAAUAGCACUGCUUUUUACUCAGUAAAACUCUUUCAUCAUUGAUUUGUGCUCUCCCAAGAAUUACAUGUAUGUCACCAUUAGUAAAUUACUACACUGGGUACCUGAGGCUAGUCAAAAGAAAUGAUGGCUUGCUACCUACUUCCAAGUGUGCUGAUACCUAGUUGAAGUCAUAGAAUAUUCACCUGUGAAAUUACUUAUAUAAAAUGUUUACAAAUGAGUUCAAAUUUAAUACUCUAAGUAUAUGUCAGAAAUGAAACAAAGAUUCUGAGAGAGCAAUCAUAGUGAAGCAGUAUUAUCAGAAAGGAAUCAUGAGUGAGGCAAAAUCCUCUUCCUUGAAGACAAAAUGAAAUGGUGUCUUGAAAGUCUUUAACAUGGAGCUGAGCAAAUAGAGGCCAAGGGAAGAAAAGGAUAAUUUAGGUGAAAUUUAGUUUAUAUGAAGAAAACGAUUGAAAACACGGUUCACAGAGGCUGGGUUACAAAGCAAGGGCAGCCCUGCACCAUUUCCUGAUUGCAGAGAAAACAGCUGUUGCUCUGGGGCUGAUUUCAUACAGCUGGAGAGCUCCAACUUCAGGUAGCAGGGAAAAAGAUGGCCUAUCAGAAGGUCAAUGCAGAUCAAAGAGCUCCAGGACACUCACAGUACUUAGACAAUGAUGACCUUCAAGCCACUGCCCUUGACUUAGAGUGGGACAUGGAGAAGGAACUAGAGGAGCCUGGUUUUGACCAAUUCCAGCUAGACAGUGCUGAGAAUCAGGACCUAGGGCAUUCAGAGACUACAGACCUCAAUCUUGAUUCCAUUCAACCAGCAACUUCACCCAAAGGAAGGUUCCAGAGACUUCAAGAAGAAUCUGACUACAUUAGCCAUUAUACACGAUCUGCACCAAAGAGCAAUCGCUGCAACUUUUGCCACCUUUUAAAAAUACUUUGCACAGCCACCAUUUUAUUUAUUUUUGGGAUUUUGAUAGGUUAUUACGUACAUACAAAUUGCCCUUCAGAUGCUCUAUCUUCAGGAACAGUUGAUCAUCAGUUAUACCAAGAGAUUCUCAAGACAAUCCAGGCAGAAGAUAUUAAGAAGUCUUUCAGAAAUUUGGUACAACUAUAUAAAAGUGAAGAUGACAUGGAAGUUUCAAAGAAGAUUAAGACUCAGUGGGCUUCGUUGGGCCUAGAAGAUGUACAGUUUGUAAAUUACUCUGUGCUGCUGAAUCUGCCAGGCCUUUCUCCCAGCACUGUGACUCUAAGCAGCAGUGGUGAGUGCUUUCAUCCUGAUGGCCGGCCUUGCGGUGAAGAAGCCAGAAAAGAUAGCAGCCAAGACCUCCUCUACUCAUAUGCAGCCUAUUCUGCCAAAGGAACUCUCAAGGCUGAAGUCAUUGAUGUGAGUUAUGGAAUGGCAGAUGAUUUAAAAAGGAUUAGGAAAAUGAAAAAUGUAACAAAUCGGAUCGCACUCCUGAAAUUAGGAAAAUUGCCGCUGCUUUAUAAGCUUUCCUUAUUGGAAAAAGCUGGAUUUGGAGGUGUUCUUCUAUAUAUUGAUCCUUGUGAUUUACCAAAGACUGUGAAUCCUAGCCACGAUACCUUCAUGGUGUCACUGAAUCCAGGAGGAGACCCUUCUACGCCUGGUUACCCAAGUGUCGAUGGAAGUUUUAGACAAAGCCGAUCAAACCUCACCUCCCUGUUAGUACAGCCCAUAUCUGCCUCCCUGGUUGCAAAACUGAUCUCUUCGCCAAAAGCUAGAGCCAAAAAUGAUGUCUGUAGCCCUCUAGAGCUUCCAAAUAAUGAAAUAAAAGUCAUCAGCAUGCAAGUUCAGACAGUCACAAAAUUGAAAACAGUAACUAACGUUGUUGGAUAUGUAAUGGGCUUGACGUCUCCAGACCGGUAUAUCAUAGUUGGCAGCCAUCAUCAUACUGCACACAGUUAUAAUGGACAAGAAUGGGCCAGUAGUACUGCAAUAAUCACAGCGUUUAUUCGUGCCUUGAUGCCAAAAGUUAAAACAGGGUGGAGACCAGACCGAACUAUUGUUUUCUGUUCUUGGGGAGGAACAGCUUUUGGCAAUAUUGGCUCAUACGAAUGGGGAGAGGAUUUCAAGACGGUUCUUCAGAAAAAUGUUGUGGCUUAUGUUAACCUCCAUAGUCCCAUAAGGGGUAAUUCUACUCUACGUCCGGUAGCAUCACCAUCUCUUCAGCAACUGGUAGUAGAGAAAAAUAAUUUCAACUGUACCAGAAGAACUCAGUGCCCAGAAACCAAUAUCAGUUCUAUACAGAUACAAGGUGAUGCUGAUUAUUUCAUCAACCAUCUUGGAGUUCCCAGCGUGCAGUUUGCUUAUGAGGACAUCAAAACAUUAGAGGGUCCAAGUUUUCUCUCUGAGGCCUUUUUUUCUACACAAUCAACAACAGUUGAAGAAAUGGAUCCGUUUUUCAACCUUCAUGAAACCAUUACUAAGCUUUCGGGAGAAGUGAUUUUGCAAAUUGCCAACGAACCUGUUCUGCCCUUUAAUGCACUUGAUAUAGCUUUAGAAGUUCAGAACAACCUUAAAGGUGAUCAACCCAACACUCAUCAACUGUUAGCCAUGGCGUCACGCCUGCGGGAGAGUGCUGAACUUUUUCAGUCUGAUGAGAUGCGACCUGCUAAUGAUCCCAAGGAGAGAGCGCCCAUCCGCAUCCGGAUGCUGAAUGACAUUCUUCAAGACAUGGAGAAAAGCUUUCUGGUGCAGCAGGUGCCACCAGGUUUUUAUAGAAACAUCCUGUACCACCUUGAUGAACAGACAAGCCAGUUUUCAAUACUCAUGGAGGCUUUGGAAUGCUGCAAACCCCUUGCGCCAGAUGAGACCCUUCAAGAAGCCCGGUCAGAGGUGUUGAACAGCAUUAAUUCAGCUCAGGUUUACUUCAAAGCGGGACGUGAUGUGUUCAAGAGCAUCUUGGAUGGGAAGAAUUGAGAAAACUCUGAGAAUUUUUAAAAGUUUGUUUACAAUUUCACAAGCAAAAGCUGUAAUUUAACCAGAUUUUCUGACAUUGAAGGCUUAUUUUCCCCAAUGGCUUUUUGACAAGUUUAAAGCUAUUAUUACAUUGUAUUUUUUAAAUGUACACAUAAAAAGAACAUUUUGCACAUUUAAUAUUUUUCUUGUAUCUACAUUUCUAAAUAUGUAAAGCAAGUAAUUGAAAUGGUACUUAAGAAUUACCCAUUAAAAAUAAAUCAUAUAUAUACAUAUAUAUAUAUAUAUAUAUGAACUAUUUUGAUGAUGAAGUUCCAAGAAGUUCUGGACUAUCUUUGUUCCUAUCAGCAGAGCAUAUAAGGACACAGUUUAUUCCCUCUGAUAGAGCUAUUAAUGACCUAGUUUCUGUAUAAGAAAUGGAGAUUGAUAUGGUUUCAGAAUAAUUUCACUAUUAAGUGUUCAAUAUGAAGAAUUCAAGUAUUCUGACUGAGUGAUUGGUUGACCUAAACCACUUUGAAUGUUUCUAUUUUAUGAAAUGAAGUUUCUCUUCUUAACACAACUAGAUGUAGUAAUACACUGGUUAUGAAAUUGUAUUUUUUUAAGUAUGAAUGAAAAAAGAGCCAUAAGCAUUCCAGGGAAAAAUCUCAAGGUACGCAGAGCAAUUUAAAUGCAAAUUUUUUUCCCAACAGCUUAAAAGGUGACUAGCUUUGAAACCCCUAAUUUGCCUCAGUUGGUUUUCUAAGAAUUUCAGGAGUGAUGUAUGUCUUAUAAGGGAGAAAAAUAUUUCUUAUUACCUUUUCUCGUUUCUGUUGGAAACACUGAAACAGGGACUCCUUUAAAAUGAAAACAUCUCACAUUGGUUUUCUUUCUUGAAUCUUUCCUGAAACUCCUUGCUGUAAGGCAGCUUUCACAGAGUACUACAUAUUUUCCACAGUAAAGUAGCAGUUUCUCUUUGAAACCCAAAAUAUCUUCUAAAGCAUCAAAUUUCUAUUUCUGCCUCUGACAAAAAGAACUUACUAUAAAAGAAAUAGUUGUUUUUAUCAAUAAAAGCUCUUUAAUUCUAUGAA